CCAUCAAAGUUCGAUACUUGCGUCAGCCGACUUUCGGAUAAUCUCCAACGUGUGGCGGCUUUCCAGGAAUCGUGCAGUAUCGGUGGAGUGCCUGCCGAGAGCGUGGAGCGUCCUGAUAUCAAAUGCCUUCUGAUUCCUGCUGUAUUUGUGGCUGUUCUUAAGCGCUUCAACAUGAAAUUUGUCUUCGUGGACUUUGAGGCCGACAAUGCAGUUGCAGAACUGGCAAUCAAGUUGAAGUGUCCGGUCAUGAGCAGAGAUUCUGACUUUUUCAUAUUCACAAAUUACUGGGAAGAUUGCGGUGGCUACUGUUGUAUUCAACCAAUCCCAUUUGACGCAUCACCGAAGGCCUUCGCAAAAGGGGUAUGUGAGACCUGUGCAGCCCGCGGAAUUUCACAGCAGAAUACCCGAAAGUGUUGCUACUACCUUGAAACAACCUGCUUCAAGCCCGACCAGGGAUCCUUUUCGCGACUAGCCGCCCCCCUCAGACCGGUGUUUGCUGUGCUCUGGGGCAAUGACUAUGCCCCCUCCGGUUACUUUGAUCCCUAUCUUCCGAGUUCGGUCACAAACGCUGUGGACGCAUGUGGGCGUUUCAAUAAACUGGAAAAAAUGCGCAAUCUGAUUUCCUGGUUAUCCAAUUUCGGAUCUAGUCUACAGGAAGCGAUCAAUUAUGUUUUGUCAAGGGUCCCACCAAAUAAGAGGGCAGAAGUUGAAGACAAGUUUUUCAGGGGACUCAGUCUGUACGCCGUAGAUUUAGAGGGCACUGCUGCACGCUACGGGAAGUACCUUGGUCUCUACACCUCCGGAGCUAGUCGACCUAGACCAGACAGCAGAAAUACAAGCAGCUCUUACGAUGAACGCGCACGUCAAGUCCUUCGAGGCCAAGGAGACGCUGAUAAUUAUGAAUUAACUCUCAGCUGGCCUUUAGCCUUGAUAGACUACUUUAGAACACACCCGACCUUGAAGCUGUUUAAUGGCAUCUACAGUUUUGGUUACCUGCGCUGUUCGGAUGUAGAAGACGUGAGGCAGGUAGAAUCAGCCUACGUGUGCGCAAGGCGUCUCAGCCAAAUCAUAUACAGCGUCCUCUUCCAACUGGAAGGGGCUGACAAGUUUGGUCAUCUUCGUGGUCUUCAGGGCGACAGUAAAAACCCGCGGUUCCGCGAAAUUCUACGCAACGAGCACAUGCAAGUGGCAGUGACGGCCGUAAAUCUCCUCAAAUUAGAUCUUGAUUCACCACAACAGAUGCUGAAACUCCACCUUGGUCUGCCAUGGGAGCAAGAUGGAUUGCCAAAUUCCCUGCAUGCUCUGCAACUGAACCUGUUGAUCUUAGAUGAUCUCUCAUCCUCCAGUCGGCUCAACUUUCCUUUUAUGCACACCUACGCCCAGUUGCAAAUAGCCUACGCGACACUGGUCACGCUUGGAGCCGUCCUCACAGGGAUCAUUGCCUCAGAAGGGGAGCGGGAACACGAAGAACUGGGCUCGGUUGACACAGUCAGUUCCUGUUUUCCAUCUGGACGUCUAGUUCAUCGGCUGGCUGUCCGACUUGACCGCCUUGCACAGUCGGACCGAGAGAAGGAGGUUUGUGAAGCCAUCUUUCCUCGACUGCUGGAAAGAACCUCGAGGAGGACGGGCAGUGUUCAGCCUUUGUCACAGGCAGUUCUUUCCCAGGUCAUUUCAACUUUCAAAAAGGUCAUCCAUUCUACUGACGCGUUACUCAAGGGUCAGCAUUAG